AUGGCUUAUGACUUUGACCCCAUGGCUCCAGACUAUGGUGAAGUGAACAUCGCUGGUGGCACAGAUGUCCAGCCAGGAGCCUGGGCCGGGAUUGUCAGCAUCCAGGAUCCCUGGAAACCAGGCACAGGUCACAUCUGUGGAGGGUCCCUCAUCAGCACAGAGUGGGUCCUCACAGCUGCCCACUGCUUCAUCAACGCCAGGAACACCAGCACAUGGCAUGUGGUGGCUGGGGCCACCCGGUUGACCCAGCUGGGCCCUGAGGUGCAAGUGCGCCACAUUAAGCAGCUGCGGGUUCAUGAACACUAUAUUCCUGGUGAGGAGAGGAACAACAUUGCCUUGCUGAAAUUGGACCAGCCUGUCGUGUGCAACCACUACGUACAGCUGGGCUGUGUGCCUGACACCACACUGAAAGUGUUGGAGCUGGAAGCCUGUUACAUUGCUGGCUGGGGUAUUACUGCUACAAGAGCUCAAAGACCAAGUGAUGUGCUGCAGGAGGCCAAGAUCCACCUCAUUGAUGUCCAGCUCUGUAACAGCAGCCUCUGGUAUACAGGGGCCAUCCACACUCAACAUCUGUGUGCUGGUUACUCAGUGGGUGGCAUCAACCCCUGCCAGGGUGACAGUGGUGGUCCUCUGGUGUGCAAAGAUAACAAUGCUGCCUUCUUCUGGCUCGUUGGUGUGGCCAGCUGGGUGAAAGACUGUGCAGGAGCAAACCAGCCUGGUGUCUACACCUCCGUUCAGCACUUCUAUGACUGGAUCCUGGUCCAGAUAGACCCACAGACAGAGAGAAGGGCAUCAAGACAUUCUAUGACUGCCCUAACUCCCCCUCAGAAGCAAAGACCACCACCAACACCAUUGGACAGGUUUAGCUCCUCUCCAUUUUCACUCCAGAACAUGGAUGGAAAUCGUGGCAAAAAGAUAGAGAAGGAUGUGGGCAUUGGGGUUUUGGAGGUACAGGGAAAGGAGCAGCCAAACGAGGCAAACAUUGUAUCUGUAAGCUGUUUACGGGAACAAAACCGAAAAGGAGCUGCCCAAAUGAAAGACGAAAUAGAUAGAAAAGGAGGAAGGAAAACGGAGAAGGAACGGGGUAGCUGGGAGAGAGAGAAGACAGAGAGGAAAAGAGGAGGUUACCCCGAGCGAGCCAGGGAAGUGCUGUCGGCGUCCAGGUGCGGGGCUGCGCUGUGCCUGCCUGGGCGCGGCUCUCGGGUGGCGGACAGAGAUGGAGCUGCUCAGAGACACAGGGAGGCAGGGCAAACGCGGGGGCAAGCAAGAGCCGGCGAGGGCAGGAGACCCAAAUGGCAGGCUUGGAGCCAGGGUAAAAAGCAUAAGACUCAAAAAGCCCCCACUCAAAAGCAAGUUUCGAAAAGUCUCAAAAAACCGAGCCUCAAAAACAAAGCGGAGUCUCAAAAAUGCCCCAAGCUAAAACCACGAAGAGGAAGUUUCGAAAAGCCCUGGGGGCUUGUUACGCAGUUACUUUUUAUGCCCCUGCCCCCUCCCCAAGCCUGCCUACCGGCAGGAGACUGCUGA